GAGAGACCGUGAGGCAGAAUUUGUUCCAGUCCAUCAAUUCGGCUCUGGAUUUCGCCCUGGCCACAGAUGACUCAGCUGUGAUAUUUGGAGAGGACGUCGGCUUUGGAGGAGUCUUCCGUUGCACAGUUGGCCUGCAGGACAAGUAUGGAAAGGAUCGGGUGUUCAACACUCCCCUAUGUGAGCAGGGCAUUGCAGGCUUUGCAAUUGGAGUUGCUGUUGGAGGAGCAACAUCCAUUGCUGAGAUGCAAUUUGCUGAUUAUAUUUUCCCAGCUUUCGACCAAAUCGUAAAUGAAGCCGCCAAGUACCGCUAUCGUUCGGGCAAUCUCUUCGACUGUGGGAAGCUGACCAUUCGCGCUCCCUGUGGGGCUGUGGGACAUGGAGCGCUCUAUCAUUCGCAGUCUCCUGAGGCAUAUUUCGCUCACACUCCAGGCCUCAAGAUUGUUGUUCCUCGUGGCCCCAUCAAAGCGAAGGGCCUCCUACUCUCAUGCAUUCGGGACAACAAUCCGUGCAUCUUCUUGGAGCCGAAAGUGUUGUAUCGCUCGGCUGUCGAGAUGGUACCCACUAAGGAGUACACACUCCCCCUCUCUACAGCGGAUGUUCUUGACGAAG